GGAAGUGUCAAAAUUUGCAAAGUAGCAAGGGAAAUCGUUUUAUUUUUAUCGACCUAAAAGUACUGUAGUUCCAAUAAUUGAUAAUUUAAUUCUUCAGAUCAGGAAAAUGGUUGUGUUAGUGAUGUAGUUGUGAACUUAACAACAGUGAAAAAUCACCAGGAUCCUUCAUAGGUGUAGACAAAAUAUUUAAAUAUAUAUUUUUGUGUAGAUAAAAACAUCAACAGCAUAUGUCAACUAUGGAUUCCUCAGUGGGCAGUUCUAGUCCUUUAGAUUUAAAUUCAACACAAAGUACCGAGAUAAUAGAAUCUGCUCUAGAACCUGAUCCAAUAUUCUUACAAACUAAAUUAUGUCAAACUGUAGCUGGGCUAUUUGUCUGGGCAGCUCUAUUUUUGACUUGUAGUCAAAUCUACCAUCAUCUCAGGUGGUAUACAAAUCCUUCUGAACAACGUUGGAUUGUAAGGAUACUAUUUAUUGUACCAAUUUAUGCUAUAUACUCAUGGAUAAGCCUCUUAUUCUUUAACUCACAUACCUACUAUGUAUAUUUCUUCACAGUUCGUGACUGUUAUGAAGCAUUUGUAAUUUAUAACUUUUUAUCCCUAUGUUAUGAGUACUUAGGAGGAGAAUCAAAUAUUAUGUCAGAAAUUCGAGAAAAACCUAUUAGAUCUAGUUGUAUGUUUGGUACUUGUUGUCUAAAUGGAAAGACUUACACAAUUGGAUUUUUAAGGUUUUGCAAACAAGCAACCCUACAGUUUUGUCUGGUAAAACCUAUAAUGGCAUUUAUAAUUAUAUUCUUACAAGCUUUUGGGCACUAUAGAGAUGGAGAUUGGAGCCCUGAUGGUGGUUAUUUAUACAUUACCAUAAUAUAUAAUAUAUCUGUAUCUCUUGCCUUAUAUGGACUGUUCUUAUUUUAUUUUGCUACACGAGAACUACUUACACCUUUUGAACCAGUAUUGAAGUUUUUCACAGUUAAGUCCGUUAUAUUUUUAUCAUUUUGGCAAGGAGUUGCUUUAGCCAUCCUGGAAAAGGCAGACGUUAUUUCCCCUAUGGUAGAUAGUAAUGGAGUACGCACAUAUGGGACAGUUUCUGCAGGUUACCAAAACUUUUUAAUUUGCAUCGAAAUGUUCUUCGCCGCUGUAUCUUUAAGAUACGCGUUUCCUUACAAAAUCUAUGCUCAAGGAUGCCGAGCCGACUCAAGAGGACGAUCAGUUACGAUGCAGAGCAUUUCUAGCAGUCUUAAAGAAACCAUGAAUCCCAAGGAUAUUAUGACUGACGCCAUCCACAACUUCCAUCCUCAAUACCAACAGUAUACUCAGUAUAGCUCAAAUGUGAUCUCACGACAACCUUACGAAAGUUUGUGACAAACACAGUUCAGUGAUGAUUAACUAAGUUUACUUGGUUAGUCAUUCACUGAGCUGAAUUCCUUACUUACUUAUUUACAAAAUAAUGCUUUACGAUCUAAUUUAUUUUAAGAAAUACAUAUAAUACAGAAAGU